AUGUCAUCCAAACUAAUCCCUCCCAACCCGGACGAGGUGAUGGUCAUCCGUGACCUAACCCCAAACAUCGUUACAUUCUCAGUACCAUUCCUCCGCUUCGGACGAUUUCCCAUCGGCGGUCGGGGCACGCUAGUCCGCCUUACAUCAGGCAGCUUAGCAAUCUUCUCCCCUGUUGCCCUCACCGAAGCCGCAAAAGCCAAAGUCGCCUCCCUCGGAAACGACCUGCGGUAUAUCAUCGCAGGCGACGUGGAGCAUCACAUCUUCCUGUCCGAUUGGGCCGCCGCUUACCCCAAUGCCAAACUGAUUGGCCCCGAAGGCCUCCCGGAAAAGAGGCUGAAAGCGGCCGAUAGCGACCCAAAGAUUGGCAAAGAGCACUUUGCGGCCGUGUUCACGCGGGAGAACAAGACAAAUCUUGCCGCCAGCAUAGGGGAGGAUUUCGCCAGGGAUUUUGACGUCGAGUAUGUGCACGCACACCCGAAUCGGGAACUGGUCUUUCUGUUCAAACCCGAGAGAACGCUCAUCCAGGCCGAUCUCCUGUUCAACCUCCCCGCGGAGGAACAGUACUCACGCGUGCCGGAGAGGAAGCCAAAGCUGGGCUUGUUGGGGAGGCUGUUUGAGAGUAUGCAGACAACCAAAGGGGAGGCUGUUGAGAUGAAGAGGUUCCUGUGGCAUGUGGUUAGUCGCAAGGACAGGGCGAGUUUCAAUGAGAGUGUGAGGAGGAUUGAGAAGUGGGAUUUUGAGACUGUUGUGCCGUGCCAUGGGGAGACGAUCGUUGGGAAUGGGAAGGAGGUGUUCCGGAAGGUAUUUGCCUGGCAUUUGGAUGGUGUGGGAGGCAAGUAG